GUUCUCCAUCCCCCAUUCGCUGCUGCUCGCUCCGCCUCCGCUACUUGGCAGCUACUAGCAUUAUAUGUGGCUGCUCUUGCCUGGGAGUCGUGGCCCUUGUGUUUGCCAUCAAGGCCUCCAGCCCCACUGGUCAAUAAGCUCCGCCCCCUGCUGGCCCCAGCAGAUGCCGUGCCCUGAUUGGCCGUAUCUGAAGCCCCGCCCUAGCGUCGCAACCUCAGGUAACUCCGAGCUCCAACUCCCGCGCCAGCCUCGGGACUCUCGGCUUCUUAUUGGACUACCAGUUUCCAAUCGGAAGGGUUUUUGAACCUCAGUCUUCGGGUGGCGCUGGCCAUUGGCGGACAGAAUGGGGGCGGGGCCUGAGGUCGUCGCCGGCACUGCCUGUGGAUAAGGUAAGGGACUAGAGGCGAACCCGGCGACAAGGAGGCAUCGCGUCGACUCUGACUUCUCUCCCCGCCCCCGCGGGCCCCCACCUACUUCAAAAUGACGCUAGACGUGGGGCCGGAGGAUGAGCUGCCCGACUGGGCUGCGGCCAAGGAGUUUUACCAGAAGUACGACCCUAAGGACGUCAUUGGCAGAGUCUGGCGUAGUGGGUGUGAGGCUGCCAAGGCCCUACUCUGCGUGGAAAUGAGAGAGCAGGAGGCCCUGACUUGCGCGUUGUCUGACUCUGGCAGAGGAGUGAGCUCUGUAGUCCGCCGUUGCGUUCAUCGAGUUACUGGCCGGGAGUUUGCGGUGAAGAUCAUGGAGGUGACAGCUGAGCGGCUGAGUCCUGAGCAGCUGGAGGAGGUGCGAGAAGCCACGCGGCGAGAGACACACAUCCUUCGCCAGGUCGCCGGCCACCCCCACAUCAUCACUCUCAUCGAUUCCUACGAGUCUUCUAGCUUCAUGUUCCUGGUGUUUGACCUGAUGCGGAAGGGAGAGCUGUUUGACUAUCUCACAGAGAAGGUGGCCCUCUCAGAAAAGGAAACCAGGUCCAUCAUGAGGUCUCUGCUGGAAGCAGUGAGCUUUCUCCACGCCAACAACAUUGUACACCGAGACCUGAAGCCUGAGAAUAUUCUCCUAGAUGACAAUAUGCAGAUCCGACUGUCAGAUUUUGGGUUCUCCUGCCACUUGGAACCUGACGAGAAGCUUCGAGAGUUGUGUGGGACUCCAGGGUAUCUAGCACCAGAGAUCCUUAAGUGCUCCAUGGAUGAAACCCACCCAGGCUACGGCAAGGAGGUCGAUCUCUGGGCCUGUGGGGUGAUCUUGUUCACACUCCUGGCUGGCUCGCCACCAUUCUGGCACCGACGCCAGAUCCUGAUGUUACGCAUGAUCAUGGAGGGCCAGUACCAGUUUAGUUCACCUGAGUGGGAUGACCGUUCUGACACUGUGAAAGACCUGAUCUCGAGGCUGCUGCAGGUGGAUCCUGAGGAGCGCCUGACAGCUGAGCAAGCCCUACAGCACCCAUUCUUUGAGCGCUGUGAAGGCAGCCAACCCUGGAACCUCAGCCCCCGCCAGCGGUUCCGGGUGGCAGUGUGGACAGUGCUGGCUGCUGGACGGGUGGCCUUAAGCACCCACCGUGUACGGCCGCUGACCAAGGGUGCACUGUUGAGGGACCCUUAUGCGCUGCGGCCAGUGCGGCGCCUCAUUGACAGCUGUGCCUUCCGGCUCUAUGGACACUGGGUGAAGAAGGGUGAGCAGCAGAACCGGGCAGCCCUCUUCCAGCACCGGCCCCCAGGGCCUUUAUCCAUGAUGGGCCCUGAAGAGGAGGGGGACUCAGCUACUAUCACUGAAGAUGAGGCCAUGAUGGUGCUGGGCUAGUACUUCAGCCCUGAGGAAUCCCAGGAAGCAGAACUCUCCAGGAGGAGGAUUUUUAUCAUUCCAGCCCCUCUGGGCUAUGGCCUGAGGCCCCCAUGCCUGGCCAGGCCCGCCACUGAUCAAAGUAUCAUAGAGACCAGCCCUGUACACCUACCCACACUGGCCAGGGCUUUGAGAUCAGAGCUGAAGAGGAAGAGAGCCACCCAGAGUGCCAUGCCUGGCCUUAUCCAUGCUGCCUGUGCCACGUAUGCAAUAAAAUCUGCUACAUGCCAGGGAGAG